CCGCCGCUGCAGUUUGGAGUCUCCUCCUUCACUUCUAUUUCUCUCCACCUGUCACUCCCUCUCAUUUGACUCGUUCAUUUCUCUCCUUCCCCAAACCCUUUUGGUAUGGUUGCUUUUUAUUGUUCAGGUAUUAAAGGCAAAACGGCUAAGGCGAAGUUUGCCAAUUUCUGGAUCGAAUAUUCCACUCACAAAGAUGGUGCAUACUGGCAAAACAAAACAUUUUCUGCUGCCUACGUUUACAUUGCCUCUUUUUUCUUUUUGUUUUGCUACUAGUAGCAAGCACUUUCGUCUUGCGCCCCAAAUUGAAUAGAAACUCCAUAAUGAUGCUUUCCUCAAACAUGUCUCACGUAGCAAAUCGAACUGAAAAAAACGCGGAACAAGCUACCAACUUUUGAGUACCAAUAACGUUUCAUUAUCUUUCUGAGUACAAAGUCCACUACUUCGCCAACUUAUCUGUAUCGCGUGUUUCCAUUGUGUACAUAGCAUCCCUUUUUUCUGCGAUAGUAAAUCCAAGGUGAUCUUGUAUUUUAUACAAAGUCUAACUCUGUAACAUUGGUACGCGUAACCAAAACAGCACACAAGAAGCUCACACAGUAACGCAACAUAACCUCGUCGAGGUCCGUUCGUCUGCAGAGGUGCAUUGUGACAUUUUCGUUAUCUAUGGGUUUUUAAAAGUUGAUAUCAAAAGUGGAAAGCUGAUCUGUGCCGAACUAUCGAAGAUCUAAGGGGAUGUAUUCAAUCACUGUUACGUAUGGAACAGUACAACGACGAUUUCGCAUGUACUAGUAAACUUCAGUCUGCCUUUGAUAAGGUUACUCGCUUUACAUUAUUAUAAAUGUAGUUUUAUGUUCGCUCCGGUGAUUUGCCGGAAAAUUUACCAUUGAAAUGAGAAAGAAACUUAGUGACGAAGCAAAGUCGCCAAUUUUCUUCAGACAACAAGGCUCGAAAACAGAUCAUGGAAAAAAGAAGUGUUGAGGUGCAAGUUGGUUUGGACAGUGAUUUUGCACUGUUACUCCGAGAGUCAUUGGCAUAUGAAAUAAAAAUGGAAUCAAGAUCCAAAAGCAAGCUACGUGGUUUUAUACCCAUCUGCCUCCUACUGGCUGUAGGCGGUAUCGUUUAUGUUGGUUACUUCUGCCCUGACCAUGUCUGUGCAUUGACUUCUCGAGAUUCAAGCUGGACAGACUUGACUGCAAAGGUUCCCUUACAAGACAACCUUGGGAAACCCUUAAUGAUUCAUUCUAACCCUGUAAAUCUUAAAGCAACCAAUCCAGGGUUAAGUUAUGAUGAUGUCUUCAAUGAAAACUUUCAGUUUGACAUGAAUGCCCAUGAUGUCAUGGUAUUUUUACACAUUCAAAAGACUGGAGGAACAUCAUUUGGAAGACAUUUGGUCCAAGAUUUGGAUCUUCAACGACCUUGUAGUUGUCAACGGAAACGGAAAAGAUGUCAUUGUUUCCGCCCUAACCGGAAUGAAAACUGGUUAUUCAGCCGAUAUUCGACUGGAUGGAAGUGUGGCUUGCAUGCUGAUUGGACCGAACUCACUAGCUGUGUAGAUUCGGAACUUGAUAAAAAUGAAGGAGAUUCUGUUAAAAGAAGGUACUUUUACAUUACCUUACUAAGGGAGCCCAUAAGUCGAUAUUUAUCAGAAUUUCGGCAUGUUCAAAGGGGAGCCACAUGGAAAAACUCCAGACACUUCUGUGGUGGACGAACUCCUACUCAUGACGAGUUACCUCAGUGUUACAAGGGAGAUGCAUGGCUUGAUGUCUCUCUAGAUGAGUUUGCUGCAUGUCCUCACAACUUGGCUGCAAAUCGGCAAACUAGAAUGUUGUCCGAUCUUGCUCUUAUUGGAUGUUAUAACAUGUCCUACAUGCCUUCCGUUGAGGAAAGAAAUAGAGUCAUGUUGGCAAGUGCCAAAAAAAAUCUUGCUUCCAUGGCAUUUUUUGGAUUAACUGAACAUCAAAAGGAGAGUCAGUAUGUAUUUGAGGAAACUUUUAACCUCCGAUUUGCUGUUCCUUUUGAUCAACACAAUGCAACAGUUUCUAGUUUUACUUUAUCAACACUUCGCCCUGACCAAGUGGAUACUAUUAAAAAGUUGAAUGCAUUAGAUCUUGAACUCUAUGAAUUUGCACGGAAACUUAUGUAUCAAAGGUUUGCCAGAUUGAAGGACCGUGAUUCUCAGUUUGAAGAUAGAUUUGCCCAUUUAGGUGAAUUGAGAGGCCGUGGAGGAGUUGAGCUUGACUGGGACAAAAUGCUUGAUGAGGAUGAAGAUACAACAUCAUCAGCAGUCAAUACAUAACAAUGUACAUGAACCUCUGUACUUUUUACCCCAUUGAUGUUCAAUGACAACUGAAUCUGUCAGAAACAACGACCUUGUUCCAUUGGUAAGACUGAAGAAAGGUAUCGUGUAUUUUUGUGUUACAACAAAAACACUUAAUCUGGAUUCCUAACAAAAAUGAUUGCAGUUGGUGUAGCAUUCCCCUUCUCGACAAUCAUAAGUCAUAGAAGUGACAGUUUGUUGUUAUUUUCAAAUAUUCUCUGUUGAGUGCCAUAAACCUAAGAAUAAUCUAAGUUAGUUUAAAAGCAAAUGUAGUGCGAGCCACUUAGGCUAAAUUUUUCAGAUUCUCAACAUCAAAACUUGUUUGAGACGCCAUCUCUUUAUUUAUUAUCAGUGUUUGCUGGAAAUUUUCUGUAACUGUUAGUGUUUUGUGGUAUGUGAGUAUCAGUAUAACUCUAGUUUUCGAAUCAACCAGAAAGAUGGGCUAGUUCUGACGAUAACUGCUCAAUCUUCAAAUACUUCCACAGUAAAGCUAAUAUUCAAACAACUUCUAGGUAUGCUACAAAAUUUAACUUCCUGCUUUUUCCUGUAUUAAAAAAAAUGUUUAGUAGUCAUUUUCUGUUAAAAAUAUUGGUAAAAUUUGUUCUCUAAACUCGUAAAUGUUGUUUUCCCUUCCAUGUUAUAUUGUGUUCAUUGAGUGCUUCCAUUUGUUGAUUUUAUCCUACUCAGUUAUAAUAAGCUGCAUCCCAAACUUUGGCUGAAAAUGGAUGGGAAAUAGUCCCAUAAGACUCCUGCUUAAAUGUGCCACUGUGUCAGUCACACCUCAGUUUCUGACCCUCAGAGUUUUUCAAAGAGAUGGGGCUUUUACCCAUGUCAAGACAGUGCUUGUUUUGAUGUGUUAUCUUAAUGAGAUAAAUUUCCCUCUUGCUCUCGCUAUGCUCUCGCUUUGCUCUCGCUAUGCUCUCACUUUAUCUCUCUAGUAAUACACAGUAAAUCUCCAAAUUUUAUCACUUCAACAAAAAAUUUUUUUGAUUGUAGCAUGUCUUAAAACAGUAUUUAUUUUUCUAUCGAAGUAUGCACAGAAUGGAAACUGCUUCGCUUUAUCCAUAUACCAUAUCAAAUCCUACUACACCAAGACUCAAGUCAAUGUCAAAGCCAAAGUUGGUCAAGCUCGAACAGCCGUAGCUCAUUACUUAACAAGCUAUUAGUUGGCCUGGUCUAACUUAAUGGAACUCAAUCCCUUAUGUUAAUGCUCUUUUUUAUUUUUUAAUGAAUAAUGCAGCUGUGAAUGUGAUCAUAACAAUGUUUUUUUGUCUGUUGUAGAUAGGUUGUGGUGUUGGUUCUCACAAAUUGCAUAUUUUUGUUCAUGUAUUCUUUUAAAAGAGGAGGGUCGUGUUACCUGUAUAUAUUUCCCUAGGUUCAAUAUAUUUUUUAUUUUUAUGUCAUUGCACCGGUUUCACAAACAUUGUGCCAUUAAGUCAUACAUGCACUUGUUUUGUGGCAGACCAGUGUUACCCAUUUAAACUGUUAUGUUAGCAGUAAAACCUUGUUUCUAUUGUAUGUGCUUUAUACGUUGUUGUAUUUAUUGUGAUAUUUUUCUUUCAGUUCAUUUGUGUACCUUUAUGUAUCUUACUUUGCCUUUGAACAAGACAUCCCUGUAUACAGUAAUAAUGUUACAUGCUCCAAAAGUUAGAUACUCCUCAUACUUGAUUUCAAGCGGUUUUUUCCCCUCGUUUUUUUAGUUAACAAUGUAAAGAAAAUAUGGUCCAUUUAGUACCUAGAAUUGUGUCUCACUAGUUGUGUCCAUUGCUCAAGUAAUGGAGGAGCUUCUUGCAGUAUACAAUUGUCAUCUAAAAAAAAAAUUAACUGGAAAUCACUCUUUAAGCAUGUUAAUCAAUUCUAAAUCAGUGGUCAGAUUCUAAUCAUUGAUGUAACCCUCACAAAAAGGAGUAGUGUUUUGUUGCAGCAGUGACAAUUGUAAUCUAGAUAUUGUGAACCAUAUCUUAUCUUUAAAUACAGAGAACUGUAGUUUGGUGGGAAAUGUGUUCCAUGAGGACUUAAGUUUUCCUGUUCAGUGCAGGUCAGUGCAGCUAAUUUUACCUAACAAUCUCUCCAUUCAGACCCAGUAUAAGAAUGUGGUCAAUGACUGUUUACAAUGUAAAUGAAAUGAGAGUGUGAUAAAUUAAUUUCAUAGUUUAAGAUGUCUAUUUAUCUCUUAAUGAGAAAUGUGUCUACAGUGCAUGCUUUAGUGUACUGAAGUGACUGUAUAAAUGUUUUCUAUUGGACUGGGCAUGUGCUCUGAAUCUCACAAUAGUGCCACUUCAUCUUUGAUCACUCUUCUGAUGUGAGUUAAAUUAGAUUUGGUUGUAUUCCUAAUGUAUUUUUCCACAGCAAACCAUAUCUUUGUCAGGUAGACUAUAAAGAAAUUUGUUUUGUUCUAAAUUUUUUCUGUUCAACUCAGAUUUCCUAUCUAUUUUUGGUACAUUAGUUAUGACAAUAUGCAAUGUUGCUUUUGGUUGCUCUUUGUUAACUCAACCAGAAUUUGCCAUUUUUUGUGGUUGUUUUGUAUUUUAUUACAGUGAAAAUGUUGCAUAUCUCUCUGCUAAGUUUCUUGUAGUCUAAUUUUGGCAAAUAUUGGGAUAACAUCUUCAAUUAAUUAAUCUGGAAAUUUCCUCACUCUUACGAAAAUGUUUGAUGGUUCACAAGGUUCAGAUUUUUAUUGAAUUUGCUUUAAAAUAACUUUUUAAUUGCCCGAUCAAAGCAUAAUGGUCAAUCUAAAUGGGCGAGAUGUGAAUUGGGGUAGUCACCAAACCCUUUCAACAUUUAGUGCAUUUUGGUGAGUGUCCCAAGUCAUACUAGCCUGGUACUAUUCCUCAUUGUCUAAAUGUAUGUAUGCAAAGUUAACAACUUUUUUUAUAAUUUAUAAAAUAUGUGUAACAAUGAAAGAUUUCAAAAAUAAUAUUAAAAUACCCAGAAAUAUUUGACAGUAAAGAAUUCGUUGCUAUCUA